AUGCCUGCUAUAGUCAUCACUGCCCUACUAGAUCCGGUAUCAAUUGUUCAUAUACCAAUCUCACUAGCUCAUAUCUAUACAACCAAGAUAUAUUGGACGAUCGAUCGCUCAUAUACUGAAUCAUCAGAAUUUUUCAAUAUGACCAGUAAUCGGAUUGAGAUGGCUAUAUUCGGUUCACUAGAUCUGAUCAAUCAUGAAUGGGCAAAUGUGAUCACUCAAGGCGAAAACGAAAUUAUGAUCAGUAAUUCUUGGAGAGUUUUCGAAAUCUCUUCAGGUGAUCAAGAUGAAAUCGAUAAUUACGAUUCACCUCACUUGCGACACGUUUCUGCACCUCUUGCAAAAGCUGGUAUAUCCAUCUUAUACCAAUCGAGUUAUUUUACAGAUUUCCUUUUGGUCAAACAGACCGAUUUCGAGAGAGCUCGAAACAUCUUUUCGGCGCAAGGAUGGCAAAUCGAUCCUUCGACACCACCCUCUCCUAAACGUAGAUCAUUACUUUCACCUCUUACACCUUCUCAUCCAUCUUCAUCACCCACAAGAUCGAUGCCACCUCCUACACCUGAAAUAACCGUCUUACCUCCCCCUUUAGCCUGUGUGGGAUUCUCCAAAUCGGCCGAAAACAGAUUGUCCGAACGUGUUAGGAAAUUCUUGGUCUGGCCUGAAAGAUGCACUACCUCUUCCUUGAUUCGAAAAGACAAUGGCAGUUCACAGGCUGAAGUUUUAGAGGAGUUUGAAAUUGAGAAAGAAAGACCUAGGCCGUUCAUAAGCUAUACAAGAAACGAGGAUGGGACAAGCUUAGUGACUGAAGUCAGAAUCCUCAGAGGUUUCUUCGCAAAUGGGGAAAACCAAGAUGAAGAACUACAUUCUGGUGGUGAACUAUUCGAAGACCAUCAUCCUGAACAGGAAGAUGAUUAUCAUUCUGAUCACUCGUCAUAUAACUAUUUUCAUUCUGACGAUGAUGUCAACGCCGAUGUCGAUACUGAGGGUGAAGAUGAGAACGAGAACGGUAGCUAUAUGCGAGAUGAGAUUGAAACGAAUCGGUUCAACGGACAAACUUUCACUCCACCACCUGAUUUCCUCCCAAAAUAUACGUAUUCGUUACCACCCACUCCAUCAGAAAGAAACACAUUCGAUGUAUUCACCCCAAGUACAUCCACCGACGAUGAAAGCAGGUCCGAAUAUUCAGUUGGGGAAAUUCCAAUUAGGUGGUGUGAAAGGGAGUUCAAAAGUGAAGGUAAAGGUAGAAAGAGAUGUCUCCAAUUAGAUCUAAGAUGUGUGAGCGAUCCGUCUAUGAGUGAAGACGAGAGUGAAAGACCAGGUGAAGACCAAGGUGCAUACCAUCUAGAUAAAUCAGGUUUGGUGACACGAUUCUCAGAUCUCCUCACAUCGUCUUCCAAACCUAUUCGAAUGUUAUACUCUUCGACUUUCCACACUGCCAAUAUUUUGGUCGAAGCUAGGGAUAUCAAAAAAGCCAAAAGACUAUUAGAGAGGAAAAGAAGAUCCAUUGAAUGGAAAUGA